GGAAGAGCUUUACGACACAUUGACCGUCGUUUUACGACGGGCUGGGUUGCUUUGCGGCCGUCCGCUAUCCCCGUGGGCUGGAGCUGGGAGCCGCUUUUCUUCACUGAUCGGUGCUACGGAGUCGUGGACAUGAGGCAGAAACGGAAAGGAGCUCUUAGCCCUGCUGAGCUGAUGAUGUUGACUAUAGGAGAUGUUAUUAAACAACUGAUUGAAGCCCAUGAACAGGGGAAAGACAUCGAUCUAAAUAAGGUGAAAACCAAAACAGCUGCCAAAUAUGGCCUAUCAGCACAGCCCCGCCUGGUGGACAUCAUCGCUGCAGUCCCUCCUCAGUAUCGAAAGGUGUUGGUCCCCAAAUUAAAGUCAAAACCCAUCAGAACUGCCAGUGGGAUUGCUGUUGUGGCUGUGAUGUGCAAACCCCACAGGUGUCCACACAUCAGUUUUACAGGAAAUAUAUGUGUAUACUGCCCUGGUGGACCUGACUCAGAUUUUGAAUAUUCAACCCAGUCUUAUACUGGAUAUGAGCCAACCUCCAUGCGAGCUAUCCGUGCUAGAUAUGACCCUUAUCUACAGACAAGACACCGAAUAGAACAGUUAAAACAGCUUGGUCACAGUGUGGAUAAAGUGGAGUUUAUUGUGAUGGGUGGUACGUUCAUGGCUCUUCCAGAAGAAUACAGAGAUUAUUUUAUUCGAAAUUUACAUGAUGCCUUAUCAGGACAUACUUCCAACAAUAUUUACGAGGCAGUCAAGUAUUCUGAGAGAAGCCUCACAAAAUGUAUUGGAAUUACCAUCGAGACCAGACCAGAUUACUGUAUGAAGCGACAUUUAAGUGACAUGUUGACUUAUGGCUGCACAAGGCUGGAGAUUGGGGUGCAGAGUGUCUACGAAGAUGUGGCCAGAGAUACCAACAGGGGCCACACUGUGAAGGCGGUAUGUGAGUCAUUUAACCUGGCCAAAGAUUCCGGCUUCAAAGUUGUAGCUCACAUGAUGCCUGAUCUGCCAAAUGUGGGACUAGAGAGAGACAUCGAACAGUUCACUGAGUUUUUUGAGAACCCUGCUUUUCGUCCUGAUGGUUUGAAACUCUACCCUACCCUGGUGAUUCGCGGAACUGGGCUUUAUGAGCUUUGGAAAUCAGGAAGAUAUAAAAGUUAUUCUCCUAGUGACCUGAUUGAAUUGGUGGCUCGGAUCCUAGCCCUUGUGCCUCCAUGGACUCGAGUGUACCGUGUGCAGAGAGAUAUUCCAAUGCCCCUAGUCAGCUCAGGAGUAGAGCAUGGUAAUUUGAGAGAGCUGGCAUUUGCAAGAAUGAAAGACCUUGGAAUACAGUGUCGAGAUGUGAGAACCAGAGAAGUUGGGAUUCAAGAAAUUCAUCACAAAGUACGGCCAUACCGGUCUGUAUGUGGGAUCUGA